AUGGUUGGGUAAUAAAAUGUAAAGGAAGCAUUGCAGAAGAACUUUGCUAGGAAGUUGAAUUAGAAAAAGGCAUAAAGAAAUGUUUAGGAGGAGACUAAAUAAUCAAUCAAUGAUUUGAGAAAUGAAUUUCAAAUAUAACUGGGUAAAGUCUACGAAAAUCAUACCAGAAAGGAGGGAGUUUAAGCUUGUUUCAGAAUCAUAUAAAGAAAUAAUGAUAAUCCAUCUGCUCUUAGAGUAAUUCUAGCUGCUUUGUGCGAUAGAAGUACUUUAGCCGCUAAUCCAGACAAAAAGGCUUAGGGUUUGAUGUUCCAUGUUUAAAUGUUUGGAUUCGUUGCAAAGUGCUUUAAAACAGAACUUAAGGAUCCUUUAGAUAAACCACCUUCUGUUGUUAAAUCUGUAAUCAGGAUAUAGGAUGCUAUAUAUGCAUUUUUCAAGGAAAAUUCAAAAGUAGUUUGGAAAGGGUGUGCAGUCAGCUUGACUGAUAUAUUUGAUAAUUGUUUUCCUGAUAAAACUUAGCCUGUUUAAGGAUAAUAAAGUCUUACAAGUUUUAUCUUAGAACCUCUUCUUAACUUUCACAAGGGAGGAAACAAUACUAUGAUGUAGCAAGGAGCAUCAUUUUGUAUAAUGCAUUUCAUCGAACACUUGAUUACUCAAAACUAAGGUGAUUUGCUUGAACAAGUUCACUAAGGAGUGAUGCAAAGUAUUACAAAAAAUCGAAUUGAUAACGAGUCUUAAUUGGCAGCAGCUGUCAAACUUAUUUAAACUCUUGGCAUUAGAGUCGCCUAAGAUCACGUAGAAGGACUAGUAAAUAUCUCAAUAAAAGUCAUUGGUUCGCAAGCAUCAACCGUAUUUUAAAAGAAAGCCGCUUGUGAUUUAUUGAAUAUACUUGGAGAACAUUUAAAAGAUAGUGCAGCUCAUGUUGUUCCCUCAUAUAUGGGAGAUGUGAUGAAAUCUUUGGAAUCACUUGACAAUGAAAAGCAAAUUGAUCUAAGUGAAUCAAGAAAUAAAGCUAAAUUAGCAUGGAAUCAGCUUUAGACAAUAUACGAUAGUCUUGAUCCUAAAGAAAAGGAAUCACUAUUAGCAAACUUUAUGGCAAAGAACUUGCAAAAUAAAUUCAGUAAGCUCAGAGAUAGAGUAAAAGAAACAAGGGAAUAGUAAAGAGCUCAGUCAGCUAACUCUCGUAUAAUGCAUGACAAUAUCAACGAUGAGAUUAAUCAAUCCUACAGAAUGCUGGCACAAGACUUUCUCAAGAAAGGAAAAGGUUAAGGAGGUGGAUUAUUUAAAGGAACAGUAAAUUUCUCACCAUCUGCUAGUAAAGAUAAAAAGCUAUAUGAAGAACUCAAGCGAAUUUAAGAUCUAAAUUCAUUUAUGAUGGUAGGUGGAUAAGAAUCAAACAGAGGAAGAAGCGUUAGCCCUAAUAGAAAUAAUCCGUUCAGUCAAGAUUUCUUACCUUAGAUAGAUGAAAGCUAAAUUACACCAGGAAAUUAAUCUGAAGUAGAUCAAAGUUAGAUAUCCAAUCUACUUCGUCCUGGACAAAGGAAUCCAACUUCAGCUUCACAAAGACAGCAAAAGCUAAAAGCCUUGAAUUAAAGGCUAGGUAGUGCAAGUACUGGUAUAAAUAAUAGGAAUUAGAAUCAAGGUAACAAUAAGCAACAGAAAUUCCAAAAAAUUUAAACAUUAGAUCCUAAGACUGGAAAACUUGUUGAAAAGAUGGUACCAGUUGCAAAUCUUCCAUCCUUUGGAGAUCAUAACCAAUAAUUUAUGACUGUUCCUGUAGUAGACCCCAAAACAGGUAAAGUUGUAGAUUAAAUAGUGCCAGUUGAUAAUCCUUUCUAGCAGCAACAAUAUUAAACAGUUCCAAUAAUUGACCCAGUUACUAAGAAAGUUGUAGGAUAGCAAACUAUUCCUGUUCCAUAGCAGUAGCAAUAAUAUAAAACAGUACCUAUAAUUGAUCCUGUCACCAAAAAGGUAGUCGGACAGAAAACUGUGGCCGUUCCAAAACCUAACUAAUAAUUCUAGAAGAUUUAGACAGUAGACCCUAAAACUGGGAAACUAGUUGAGAAAGUAGUUCCAAUAUCUUCCAACAGUCAAAACUAGAAAUAUUAGCAGGUACCAAUCAUUGAUCCUGUGACCAAGCAAGUAGUUGAUUACUAAAUGGUACCUGUUCAACCAAACACUGAUCCAAUAAUUGAUCCUACAACAGGAGAAGUCUUAGGCACCUAAGAUAUGCCAGGUCUUUAGCAAUUCUAAGAAGUUCCAAUAAUUGAUCCAGUUACUAAGCAAGUUAUUGAUUACAAAGUACUUCCAGUUCCAGACUAAAAUUAGAAAUAUCAAAGCAUUCCAAUUUAUGAUUAGAGGACAGGCUAGAUCAUAGAUCAUAAAGUUGUACCAGCUGACAUGUCUAUUCCUGAAAAUCAAUAGAAUAGGUAAAAUAAGUAGUUCACUUCAGUUCCAAUUAGAGAUCCACAGACUGGAUAGAUAGUCGAUUAAAAAUUAGUUCCUGUAACAAUAAGCAAUCAAGCUCCCUAGCAAUAAUUUUAGAAGGUUUAAGCCUAUGAUCCAGUGUCAGGCUAGGUUGUUGAAAAAAUAUUGCCAGUAAACAAUAAUGCUAGCGGCAAUAAUUCUUAACAAUUCAACUCAGGAUAAUAGCAGUAUUAGCAAGUACCUGUAAUUGAUCCUAUUACAAAUCAAGUAGUUGAUUAUCAAUUAUUACCAGUUCCCGAUUCUAAUUAACAAUAUCAAAGUAUUCCAAUAAUAGACGAGAAUACAGGUUAAGUGAUUGAUCAUUAGUUAAUUCCAGUUGGAGAUAACUUUGGAUAACAGAAUCAACAAUAUACCACAGUUGAUAUAAGAGAUCCAUAAACUGGCUAAAUAAUCGAAUAAAAGGUUAUUCCAAUAUCGAAUACAGGAUUAAAUAAUAAUCAGCCCAAAUUCAAAAAGAUCAAGACUGUAGAUCCAAUAUCUGGAUAGGUAGUUGAGUAAACAGUGCCUAUAAGUGGACCUUUAAUAAAUCAAGGUAAUAAAACUGGAUAACAGUAAUAUUAGUAAGUUCCUGUGAUUGAUCCAGUCACAUAAUAAGUAGUUGAGUACAAAGUUGUUCCAGUGCCAGAUCAAAAUUAACAGUAUCAAAGUAUUCCAGUGAUUGACCAAAAUACAGGUCAAGUCAUUGAUCACAAGCUUGUUCCAAUGAGAAGAGAUAAUCCUAAUUAUAAGGAAAAUAAGAAGUUUACUUCAAUUCCUAUUAGAGAUCCUCAGACAGGCUAAAUAGUUGACUAAUAGAUUGUUCCAGCUGAAUAACUUCAAUAAUAGUUCCAAACAAUUAAAACAGUAGAUCCUAAUACAGGUCAGCUAGUUGAGAAAGCAAUCUAAUUUUUAAAUCCAGUAAGCAGCCCUUUGCCAGGGUAAUAGUAGUACUAAGAAGUGCCUGUGAUAGAUCCAGUUACCAAAUAAGUGUUAGAAUACAAAGUGUUGCCUGUUCCUGAUUAAAACUAGCAAUAUCAAAGUAUUCCUAUUGUUGAUUAGAGAACUGGGUAGGUAAUUGAUCACAAGAUCGUUCCAGUAGAUAAGACAGUACCUCAAAAUAAAUUAAGAAAAAAUAAAAAAUUCACAACAGUUCCAAUUAGAGAUCCUCAAACUGGGCAAGUAAUCGAUUAAUAAAUAGUUCCAAUUGCUGAAUCAGAACCUUAAUACUAGACUAUAAAGACAAUUGAUCCUGUUUCUGGUUAGAUAGUUGAGAAAACUAUGGAGGUAAACAAUCCAAAUUAAAGUUUCAUGGGAGAAAUUUAAAAACAGUAAUAGUAUCAAGAAGUCCCAGUCAUUGAUCCUGUGACUAAGAAGGUCUUAGAGUAUAAAGUCCUCCCAGUUCCAGAUUAAAAUCAGCAAUAUCAAAGCAUUCCAAUAAUCGAUUAACGAACAGGUUAGGUUAUUGAUCAUAAAAUAGUGCCUGCUGAUAUGUCUAUUCCUCAGAACAAAUAAAGGAAAAAUAAGAAAUUUGCAUCAGUUCCAAUUAAAGAUCCUUAUACAGGUUAAAUAGUUGACUAGAAAUUAGUACCACUUCCAGAUUUAAAGCCUUAGUACUAAACUAUUUAGUAAAGAGAUCCAAUAUCAGGAUAGAUAGUAGAGAAAACUAUUUAGACAAAUCCAGCUGAAUAGCAGCAACAAUUUUAAGAAGUACCUGUCAUAGAUCCAAUAACAAAAAAGGUAGUAGAAUAUAAAGUGCUUCCAGUUCCAGAUCAAAAUGUGCAAUAUUAAAGCAUUCCAAUAUACAAUAAAAAGACAGGAGCUGUCAUAGAUCAUAAAAUAGUGCCAGCUGAUAUGUCAUUACCAGUUAAUUAAAAUAGAUAAAAUCAAAAAUUCACUGCUAUUCCAAUUGUAGAUCCAUAAACAGGAUAAGUGGUCGAUUAAUAAAUAGUACCGUUUAAUGAAAACUAAUAACAACCAAAAAAAUUUAAAAGAGUAAAAAUAGUUGAUCCUGUUUCUGGUUAAGUUAUUGAGAAAACAGUACCAGUGAGUUCAAAUCCUUAACAAAAUUUCCUUGAUAGAUAAUAACCUCAACAAUAGUAUCAAGAAGUUCCAGUCAUUGAUCCAGUUACAAAGAAGGUCCUAGAGUAUAAAGUCCUCCCUGUCCCAGAUCAAAACUAGCAAUAUUAGAGUAUACCAGUAAUUGACUAAAGGACAGGUUAAGUGAUAGAUCACAAGAUAGUUCCAGCUGAUAUGACAAUACCUUAGAACAAGUAAAGGAAAAAUAAGAAAUUCACAACUGUUCCUAUCAGAGAUCCAUAAACAGGUUAGAUUGUUGAUUAAUAGAUAGUUCCUAUUCAGGAAACAAAGCCUGAAUUUAGAAAAGUUAAGACUAGAGAUCCUCGAACUGGUCAAAUGAUAGAAAAGACGGUGCCUAUUAAUGUACCUGGAAUGGCUAAUCCUGUUUAAAUUGGAGAACAGCAAUAUUAAGAGGUGCCUGUAAUUGAUCCAAUAACAAAAAAGAUUAUUGAUUAUUAAGUGCUAGCUGUACCUGACGCUAAUAAGCAGUAUCAGAGUGUUCCUAUAGUAGAUAAGAAUACAGGACAGAUAUUGGAUCAUAAACUUGUUCCGGUUGAUAACCAGUAAUAAGAGUUUACUACUAUUCCAGUGAAAGACCCAUAAACAGGAAUAAUACACGAGAAGCGAAUUCCUAUUUAAAAAACUAAAUUUAAGAAAAUCAAGACCAGAGAUCCUGUCUCUGGUAGAAUGGUUGAAAAGACAGUACCAAUCACUAUUCCUGGUGCAGGAAAUGCCUCAAAUGGGGAAUAGUAAUAUCAAGAGGUUCCAGUAAUUGAUCCAGUAACUUAAUAAAUAAUUGAUUAUCAAGUAUUACCAGUUCCAGAUGGGAAUUAGCAAUAUCAAAGUAUUCCAAUCAUUGAUUAAAAUACAGGGCAAGUAAUAGAUCAUAAACUUGUCCCAGUUCAAAAUUUACCAACAUCGACUCCUUAAUAGCAAUUCUAAAGUAUUCCCAUCAUGGAUCCCUAUACUGGCUAAAUCACAGGUACAUAAUAAGUGCCGAAAUAAAAAAAUAACCUCACCGCUAAACUUGCAUAAUAGCAAUCGAGAAUGGAAAAGGUUUAGACAUUAGAUCCUGUGUCAGGAAAAGUUGUAGAAAAAGUAGUACCAGUCAUAAAUGCUUCUCAAUUAAAUAAUAUACCUGGAGAUAAAUCAUACUAAUAAGUACCAAUAAUAGACCCUGUGACUAAGCAGAUUGUUGACUAUUAAGUUUUACCGGUUCCAGAUUCUACUCAGCAAUAUUAGAGUAUACCAAUUAUCGAUCAAUCAACAGGCUAAGUUAUAGAUCACAAACUAGUUCCUACUGGUCAAUAAGCUACAAUAUAGCAAUAGAAUUAGGAAUUCGAGGCUAUACCAAUUAGAGAUCAGCAGACAGGACAGAUUACAGGUACAUAGAUGAUUCCUAAACAAAAUAAUCCAGUUACAUAGCUAGCAAAACAACAAUAAAGAAUGGAAAAGAUUCAAACAUUGGAUCCUCAAUCUGGAAAAAUAGUAGACAAGGUAGUUCCUGUUAUAAAUGCUUCGUAACUUAACAAUUUACCAGGAGAAAAAUCCUAUUAAUAAGUUCCAGUUAUAGAUCCUAUAACUUAGCAAGUCAUUGAUUACCAAGUCCUUCCUAUUCCAGAUUCGACAUAGCAAUAUCAAAGCAUUCCCGUCUACGAUGAGACUACAGGAUAGGUAAUUGAUCACAAACUAGUGCCUACAGGAUAAAAAGCUUCUUUGUAACAGUAAAAUUAGCGAUUUGAAUAGGUUCCAAUUAGAGAUCCUCAGACUGGUUAGAUUACUGGGACUCAAAUGAUUGCUAAAUAAAAUAAUCCAGUUUAAUAAAUGGCUAAGCAACAGUAAAGAAUGGAAAAAAUUCAAACAUUGGAUCCUAUUUCAGGUCAUGUGGUAGAGAAAGUUGUACCAGUGAUUAAUGCAUCGCAACUAAAUAAUAUACCUGGUGAAAAAUCUUAUUAAUAAGUGCCAGUUAUAGACCCUGUUACUAAACAAAUUAUAGAUUAUCAAGUCCUACCAAUUCCAGAUUCUACUUAGCAAUAUCAAAGUAUUCCUGUUUAUGAUGACGCAACAGGACAAGUAAUUGAUCAUAAAUUAGUGCCUACAGGGUAAAAGGCUUCAUUAUCUUAAUAGAAUCAGUAGUUUGAGUAAGUUCCAAUCAGAGAUCCUUAGACUGGUUAGAUUACAGGUACUUAAAUGAUUGCAAAACAAAAUAAUCCAGUAACUUAGAUCGCUAAAAAAUAACAAAGAAUGGAGAAAGUUUAAACAUUGGAUCCUUUAUCAGGGCAAGUGGUAGAGAAAGUUGUACCUGUGAUAAAUGCAUCGCAAUUAAAUAAUAUUCCUGGUGAAAAAUCUUAUCAAUAGGUUCCAGUUUUAGACCCUGUUACUAAACAAGUAAUUGACUAUAAGGUUUUGCCUGUCCCAGACUCAACUCAAUAAUAUUAGAGCAUCCCAAUCAUUGAUUAGAAUACAGGUUAGGUAAUUGAUCACAAAUUAGUGCCAACAGGCUAAUAAGCAACUUUGUAACAACAAUAAUAAGAAUUUCAGGAAGUUCCUACUAGAGAUCCACAGACUGGGUAAAUCACUGGGACUUAAAUUAUUCCAAAAUAAACUAGCUUAAAAUAAAAUAGCAUUGUAAAUUAAUUGGCUUAACAACAACAGAGAAUGGAAAUGGUACAAACAUUGGAUCCAGCAACUGGUUAGCUCGUAGAAAAAGUUGUGCCUGUAAUAAAUGCUUCUCAGCUUAAUAACAUUCCAGGGGAAAAGCAAUAUUAAAAGAUCCCUGUGAUCAAUCCUGUGACUCAGCAAGUAAUUGAUUAUCAAGUUUUACCUGUUCCAGAUUCCACAUAGCAAUAUUAGAGUAUUCCAGUUAUAGAUUAAAAUACUGGAUAGAUAAUUGAUCACAAAUUGAUACCAACUGGUUAACCAGCAACUCUAUAAUAGCAAUAACAGGAGUAUUAAUCUGUUCCAAUAAGGGAUCCACAGACAGGCUAGAUUACUGGAACUUAAAUGGUUCCAAAAUAAAAUAGUAUCGUCACUCAAAUGGCUUAAUAGCAAUAGAGAAUGGAGAAGGUAUAAACUCUAGAUCCUAUAUCAGGUUAGUUGACUUAGAAAGUUGUACCCGUGAUAAAUGCAUCUCAACUAAACAAUAUUCCUGGGGAAAAACAAUAUUAAGAGGUACCAGUUAUUGAUCCCAUAACCAAACAAGUCAUCGAUUAUAAAGUUCUGCCUGUUCCAGACCCUACAUAGUAAUAUUAGAGUAUUCCAGUCAUAGAUCAAAGCACAGGCUAAAUAAUAGAUCACAAACUUGUGCCUACUGGAUAAGUAGCAACCAUAUAAUAGCAAUAGUAGGAAUUUUAAUAAGUUCCUAUUAGGGAUCCCCAAACUGGCUAGAUAACUGGAACUUAGAUGGUACAAAAGUAAAACAAUAUAGUAACUUAAAUGGCAAAGUAGCAAUAAAGGAUGGAAAAGAUAUAGACUUUAGAUCCUGCAACAGGUUAGCUGACUGAGAAAGUUUUACCUGUGAUAAACGCAUCUUAAUUAAACAAUAUUCCAGGAUAAAAAUAAUAUUAAGAGAUACCAGUGAUUGAUCCAGUAACUAAACAAAUUAUUGACUAUUAAGUCUUACCUGUUCCUGAUGCAACUUAAAAAUAUCAGAGUAUCCCUGUGUAUGAUUAGAAUACGGGAGAAGUAAUCGAUCAUAAAAUUAUCCCAAUAUCAGAUCAAAACUCUAACAACUUUAAUUAGAACACACAGUUCUAAACUGUACCUAUAAUUGACCCUGCUUCUGGUUAGAUAGUUGACUAUCAGCAAGUUCCAUUAGGUGAUAGCAACGUUUAAACUAUUAAUGGCUAACAAUAUCAGUCAGUUCCAAUCUAUUAUCAGGCCACUGGUGAAGUAAUAGAUCAACAAUUAGUUCCACUUAGCAAUAAUCAAUUCAAUUAAAAUUAACUCGGAACUUAGCAAUAGCAGUUCAAGACAGUCCCUAUAUAUGAUACUUAAACAGGCUAAGUUAUUGAUUAGCAAGUCGUUCCUUUGAAUCAGCCGAUGAGGAAACAAGUAAUACCAAUCAGAGAUCCUUAGACUGGGCAAGUAAUCGAUUAAAAAGUAGUAGACGUUCCAAUACAAGCACCAGCCUAAUAAUUAAAACAACCUUUCAACAAUUAGAUGAAUCAAUUUUAACCAGGCUCAGCAUUAGGUAAUCAAUAAUAACAGUAACAGUUCUAAACAGUGACAGUCCAAGAUCCUAUUACAGGAGAAUUAAGAUAGCAAAUAUAACCAAUUCAAGAUAGCUAGGCUUCUCAAUAAUAUCAGACUAUUCCAAUAUAUGACCCAGACACUGGAGAAGUUGUUGAUCAGCAGAUUGUCCCAGUUUCAUAAAAUUAGAUGCAAAAUUACUAAACUGUGCCAGUUUAUGACCCAAUAUCAGGGGAAUUCUAGGGUCAGCAACUUAUGCCAGUAAAUCAGCAUAACUAACAGUAGUUUUAAGGUUAGCCUGUGUAUGACCCAACUACUGGAUAGAUGAUAAAUUAAAUGGUUCCAAAUAAUUAAGGUUAUCAAAAUACUUUAGGAAAUAACAUGAAUCCUUAUUAAAAUAUUUAAGAAUUAGGAAUUGAUGAUGACAUUUUUGAAGAACAGCCCAAUUUCUCAGGAAAUUAAGCAAUCCCUGGUUUUUCUAACUAUGAUCACUCUGGAUAGAUUAAUAAUGGCUAAUUUAAUUCUCACAUGCCAACAACUGGCUAAAGAUAAACAUUAAAUGGCUAAUUCCAGCCGAACAUUGGGUACUAAAACUAAUCUUAAGGAUCAAUGAUAGGAGGAGAUCAAGGAUUAAAUAACUUAAAUCCUUUCAAUUAAUAUCAAUCCAAAGGAACAUUUGGCAUGGAUAACUAAUUCGCCUAGAAUUCAUAUGGAGGUGCAAUGAGUUAGUAGGAUCUGUCGGAAUCAUUACCUAACUAAAAUAACUAGUUCUUAGGAGGGUUAGUAAAUGAAAACCAAGCUUAAAGGCAAUUCAAAUAAGGACAAAUUAAUGACUUAAUGGGAUAAGAUCCAUAUAAUUAGAACAACUAUCAGCCUGGAGUAGCAGAGUUCAAUCAGGACCAGUUCGAUGAUUUUGAUGGUUUAAAUGAUCAGAAUAUGCUAGGAACUCAAGGCAUGCCUAAUCAACUUGGAUAAGUAUCCGGCAUUAGUCCUUAUCAGUCAAGAGGCAACAGUAUCAGCCCUAACAGAAUGGGUAAUCAAAGGGUUGUGGACAAUUAGAGCAUGCAAUCUUAAUUUGGUUCGCCUGAGCACUAGGAUUUCAACCAUGCAAAUAGCACGAAUCAACCAGGAUUAGGAUAAGGCUUCUAACAGCCAAAUAUAUUUGAUGCUAGUCCCAACACUUAGUCAAGAAUGAUAAAUGAACAGAGAUAAAAACUCAAAGAAUAGCAAGAAAGAUUGCUUCAAAAUAAUCCAUAGCUUUCAAGGUACCAAUAGCAUAAGGAAUUUCUCGAAGAUAAGCUCUUAGCUGAGAAUUAGCCAGGAUAGAUGAAUACUAAUGACUAGAAUUAAAUGAACAACCUAAAUUUCUUAAGUGAUCCCACAGAUAUCGAUGGAGGAGAUGACAUGAGUAGUGCUCAGCACAGUCCAGGUAGAGCGUACUAAGAAUAAAAUCCUAUGAUGCAAAAGUAACAAUUCUCGAACCAAGUUUUCCAGCCUUAAAGAAAUACUCAGCAAAAUACUUAAGGCCUGCCUUAAUAAACAUCUAAUUUAGGCAACUUAUAAAACUCCCCAGGUGGAAUAAGGCCCUAUGAAAAUGACAUGCUUAUGGAUUCAUUACAACCUAAUUACAAAGGUGCUUAGAAUCAAUUCUCACAGGAUGGAUAAAGAUUUACCUCUCCUGUAACAACAUCAAAUGGUCUUUAAAAUUUAUCAUAAAAUAACUCACCUCUCAGACAAAAUGAAGGUUUCAAUCUUUAAAAUUAAAGAUUAGCAAAUUAGCCUAAUUUAAAUACUCAAGGAAGUCCAUCUCAAUUAAUUCCUGGAUAACUUUCAAAUAAUAGUAGUCAAUCUCCUAUCAGGGGUUAGAAUAAUAAUUUUGAUGAUAAUUUGUAGUCUUAAAAUAUCAGAUAAAGUAGCCAUUAGUAAAACAUGAAUGGACUUUUGCCUAACUAGCAAAAUUAAAGAGCAGUGUCUCCAUACAUUGAAAAGGAUUUGCCCUUGAUAAAAGAGGAGGACCCAGAUAUUGAUAAUUGCGAAUCAGAUUUCAACGACAGAGAUCUAAUGAGCACACCAGGCUAGAAGAGCAACUAAAAAUCUCAUACUCUAAAUUCACUUAAUUAAUAACCAGGGCUAAUGAACAAUAAUUUCAGACCCCCUCUAAGAGAUGGCAGUUCAGAAUAAAAUCCAAUGAUAAAUAAUUCCUCAAACAAUCCAUUAUCCAAUAACUAAUUAAGAUAAAACUAGCAAAGUAGUAUGAACCCAAAUUAAAAUAUGAAUUAACCUCAAGUUUAAGGUGUAAAUCUUAAAGACACUCAUAGGAAGAUCAUGAUUGCUCCACAAAAAUAAGAUACCAAUUAAGGAGCUAGUUCGCUUACAAAUCAGCCAAAUAAUAGGCUUGGAGCAUAAAUUGCACCAAAUCAGAGUGUUCUUCCAGGAGUAAACAACCCCAUUAAAUCAAUUAAUAAUCCAACUCUACUUGCAGGCAUAAAUACAUCUGGACUUUAAGACUUAAACAAUCUAGGAAAUUAAUAGCAGAUAAGUCCGCUUAAUAACAACAAUUUUUAAAACCCUGGCUAGAAACCUUAGUCUAAUAUUAUUAAUUCUGGCUUAGGUAAUUUUAGCGCAUUAGGAUAAUUGCCCCCAUCAUAGCAGUAGAAUUUAUCAUAGAGUGGAAUACCGAACGUAAAACAAAACAAUUUAGGAAGUGGUAUUCCUAAUCUAGGUUCAUAAUAAAAUAUUUAAGGAAGUCUCUAGUUAAAGAAAGAACUUAAUCCUGGCUAAAGUAAUAAUACUGGUCCAGGAGGAGUAUCAAGAAAUUUAGGAGUAAAUCAAUCACAGUCAGUCCCUAUUUCUAAUACCACACCUCAAAAUAGAAAUUUGGCUAAUCCAUCUCUUCUUGGAGCGAUUCAAAACCCAGCAGGGGUUUAAACCAAUCAAUUUCCAGGCUUAUCAAGUUAAGACUAACUGAAAUCUCAUAUUCCUAAAGCAUUACCUCCACUCAAUUCUCUUGGAUCUUCAUAGCAACUCCCAGGCUUAAACAGUCAACUUCUAACUCCAAAAAAUUUAGCAUCAGGAAAUCAGAAUAUUAAUCCAACGGAGAGCAAUCAAUUUAAUAGUUAACCACCAGCAAAUAUUAAUCCCCUUCUUAAUAGAGCCUAAAACACUCAAUAGCCAGGAGGUUAUGCUGGUUUUAAUCAGAAUUUAAAUCCAUUAAGCCCCACAAAUCAAUAACUAUUAGGAUAAAAUUUACCAAACAACCUUGGUAAUCAACUAAAUUCAAAUGCUGCUUUAAAUAAACCAUUUGGAUCUAAUUCACUUAAUGCCCAGUCUAAUCCUCUUGGGUUAUAACAUAGAGGCUAGUCUAUUGCAGGUUUAGGACCAGGUUUACAGCUCAACCCUCAAGUAUUGGGAAAUUAAAAUCAGGGGUUAAAUGGAAGUUAAUCGCACAGUUUAUCUCCUACUAAUCAAAAUUUUAAUCCUAAUUUGAACCCUCAUAAUACAGCUGCUGGAUCUUAGUAAAACCAAGGGCAGAGGCCAAGUUCAAUGGGAUUACUAAAUGGAAAUUAAGGCUUAACUGGACAAACUUACCCAAUAAAUAUCACAAAUUAAAGAUCAGGCUCUUAAAUCCCAGGGUUAUCAUCACAGAUUUUAUCAUCUUAAGGAUAGCAGAUUCCUAAUUUGAAAACAGGAUAAUACCCACUUUAAAAUCAACAAUAAUAAUAAUUAUAACCGAAUUAAAAUAUGAAGUCAAUGGCAAAUCUCUAAGGAAAUCAACUACUUUCUCAAAACUAAUCCUAACUACCCUCUAUCUAUCAAGCCCCUGGCUAGGUUCAAAGAAUCUCACAACCUGGAUCUUAAGGUUAAUCUAUCUUAUCACACUAAUCUAUGCUUUCUUAAGGUGGAGCCCCAGGACCUAAUGGGAGACUUGCUCCUUCAAAUCAAAUUUUUUCUACUCAACCACUUUAAACAGUGGGUGGUGGACUUGCAAAUACAAAUUCAAGUGGGAUCCCGAGUUAAGCAGCUUAACUGAUAACCCAGUAGAUUUUAAUGAUGCAAAAGCAGAUGGAGUAAGGCUUUGCAAAGAUGUGUGAUAAGAUUGAAGAUAUUGAGACCAGAGUUGAUAAUGCCAGUAAUUAGUUGUAGUAGUUUGAGAAGUACCAAGAGUAAAGAAAAUUAAGAAAUUUAAAUAAAUUUAGGCCCCUUUCAGAUACAGGUAACAGAGCUGGAGACUUUGCUAGAUCCGAUUUAGAUGACUUAAGAGAUCCAAGAUUCAGAGAUCAAGCUCAGACACUCGCUAAUCACACUGGAUAAAAAUCUCCUCACAGAUAGUCUAAAUUAGGAGUGAUUUGGAAUAAGGUGCUAGACCUAGUGAAAAGAAAGUAAUACGAGGAUGCCUAUAGAUUGACCAUGAAGGAGGCAGAUGAUAUUUAUCUGAUAAGAUUAGUUGCCCAAACUGGUCCAGUAGUGAAGCAGCUCGAGGAUAAGACUGCUUUCCAAGUUAUCAAUAGAAUCAAUAAGAUCAUUAGAAGUGGAGCAUUUGAAGCAAUGGAAAUUGAAUGGAUCGAAGAUGCAAACAAAAGAGGUCUUUUCUAGCAAAUGAGUAAGCACGAGUAGAAUGAAUACCUUGACACCUUGUUUUGGUUCUCUCAAUCUAAGUUAAAUCCAAAGAUUUCAGAGAGAGCUCAAGAUGUCUAUCAGCAAAUUAAGUCCACAGCAGCAACUGCAAAAGGAUUGUCAACUAAAGAAGGAACUAAAAGAAUGCAAUGA